UCUUUUUCACUUGACAUAGCCAAGCUGUCAUUCCUGUUGAUUUCCUAGAGAUGUCAUUUGUCCAAAAGCGCUGAGGGUUUUGAUUCCCACUAUGGCUAUCACACAGUAUCGGUUAUUUAAAGUUUGUACCUGCCUAGCAACAGUAUUCUCAUUCCUAAAGAGAUUAAUAUGCAGAUCUGGCAGAGGACGGAAAUUAAGUGGAGACCAAAUAACUUUGCCAACUAUAAUUGAUUAUUCAUCAGUUCCUAAGCAGACAGAUGUUGAAGAGUGGGCUUCCUGGGAUGAAGAUGCACCCACAAGUGUAAAGACUGAAGGAGGGAAUGGGAAUGUGGCAACACAGCACAAUGCUUUAGAACAACUGGAACCUGACUAUUUUAAGGACAUGACACCAACUAUAAGGAAAACCCAGAAAAUCAUUAUUAAGAAGAGAGAACCAUUCAAUUUUGGCAUCCCAGACGGUAGCACAGGUUUCUCUAGUAGACUAGCAGCUACACAAGAUAUCCCUUUUAUUCAUCAAUCUCCUGAAUUAGGUGACUUGGAUACCUGGCAGGAAAAUACCAAUGCAUGGGAAGAAGAAGAAGAUGCGGCCUGGCAAGCCGAAGAAGUUCUGAGGCAGCAGAAGAUAGCAGACAGAGAAAAGAGAGCAGCAGAACAACAAAGGAAGAAAAUGGAAAAGGAAGCACAGCGGCUAAUGAAGAAGGAACAAAACAAAAUUGGUGUGAAACUUUCAUAACAAAAUGUCCUUCAGAUGCACAGUGCCAGUGGGAGAAAUGUGAGCUCCACAACCCAAGCAACAUUUGUAUGGAUCUAAGAGUAUUUUCAGAAUACAAAUACACUGCUUGAUUUUAAUGCAUUCAUCAGGCCAUCCAGGACACCAGGAUUCUCUCAAAGUCCCUUGAACUCUUGGUGACUGAGACUCAAAGAACAAAAAAGACUUGUGAGACAAUAUUUUCUUCAACAUGUUCCAACUGUAAGACAAUUGUUUGCUGUAGAGAGAUUAUUACAAAUGGAAUAUAUCAGUACCUCUUCAAGCUAGUGUUUCUAGCUAAUUAAAUGGGUGUAAAUUUUAUGGUGGGAAAGAACUCUGCUGUCUAUAAUGCUUUCCUUCAAUGUGCAUAAUGAUAAAAUAAAUAAUUUUAAAUAUUAAA